AUGUCACCCAAGACUUUCAUUGUCACCGGUGCCUCGAGAGGUAUCGGGCUCGCAAUCGCUAAAUUUCUCCUCACCGCGCCUCAAUCCCACAACGUCAUUGUGAUCGCCCGUAGCGUCGAGCCCCUUCAGAAGCUGAAAGACCAGUACACCAAGCAGGUCGAGGUGCUCAAUGGCGAUCUCGCGGAUUUCUCUCUCGGUCAGAAGGCCGUCGAUCUGGCCUUGAAGUCGUUCGGUCGUCUGGAUGGAUUGGUUCUCAACCACGGCGUGCUAGGCCAAGUGGGCAAGAUCGCCGAGGCCGAUCCGGAACAAUGGCAGCAAGGAUUCGAUGUCAAUUUUUUCAGCGUGGUGGCUUUUGUGAAAGCCGGACUUCCUGCCCUUCGCGAAUCCAAGGGCCGGAUCGUCUUCACCUCGUCUGGGGCUUCCGUCUCGGCCUUCAGGGGAUGGGGUCUGUAUGGCGCAAGCAAGGCGGCCAUGAACCAUCUGGCUCGGAGUCUUGGGGAAGAGGAGCCCGACGUGACGUUCGUGUCGAUUGAGCCGGGCUUGGUCGACACCGAAAUGCAGCGAGAGAUACGCGAAGAUCACGCUACCACUCUGGACCCUCAAUUCCAUGCGAUAUUCACUACGGUCCACAAGCAUGGGGAAUUGCUAAAACCCGAACAGCCCGGUCAUGUCAUGGCCCGAGUGGUGAUUGAUGCUCCGAACUCAUUGACUGGCAAGUUCCUAUCAUGGAACGACCAAGCGCUGGAAGCUUUCCAGUAG